UAGUCAGAUGCCUUCCGUCCAUUCCCUGCCUCACAUGCUAUGUCAUGCAAGCUUUGAAAUACAUAGCACAUAAUUUAAACGAAUGACUAAUUUGGCAAGCAUAAUGGAAGGCACGCAUACUGUCCUUCAAUUGCACAAACCCAUUAUGGAGCUUUGUUACAUCAGCUUCUAUCUUCCAGAAGGCAAAGUCAGAGGAUUUACUUACAGGCACUGUUUAACUCUGGAUAGAACCAGUAAACGUUUCUGUAGCUGCUAUCAAGUAAGGGAGAGGUUACAGAUAGAGCUGAGAGAAAAGCCAUAUGAGGACUUUGGAGAUAUUAUUUUCAAGCAGAGUACCACAAAAGACAUUCUUAUUGAACUGUACAAACUAACUGCUGAAAAGGAAACGCUGUUAUCCGGUCUUCUGAGAUCACAUCAUAUUCUGGACCUUAACAUAGGACAUCAGGAGAGAAAGCUACAGGAUGUUUCUGGAGUCCCAAAACUUAAAGGUGACAACUACUUCAGUUUUACACAUCAGCAGAAGUUCUUUCUGGAUUCUACAAAUAGAGACAAUUUGAAUCACCAAAAAAUGAGGAAAUAUAGAAGGAAGGAGGGCUUUGAGGAGUUCAGGCACUGGAAAGGGGGGAAAAAGAUACAUGAACAGCAUCUUUCUUUACUGAACGCAAAAAACAAGCAACUGGAAAAUAAGAGAAUGUUCCCCACAGCGUUUCCUACCAAGAGUUUUCCCAGUUCCUUUUCUGCCUCCAGCUGGGUAGCAGUAAAAGGUAAGGAUGAUUUACCAGUAGACAACAGUAUAAGACCAGAAAGGUGGAUAAAAGAGGGGUGCUCUCUUGAGAGCAACAAAGGUGUGAAACUGGAUGCUGACUUACCAAGUUCUAGCUCAAAAGACAACAAUGACACAGCCACAGCUGAGCUAGUGUACAGUGGGGAAUGCAUCCCUGAAGUUAUGAAAGUGCAGCAGAGUAUCUCUUUGGUAAAGUUAUCUCAGGACAGUCUAUCUAACAAACUUGAGACAUUAAGUAAAUCCACAGCUGCUAAAAGCUUGAAAAGUAGCAAGUAUACUGAGCCAGUAGGCAGGAAGAAACCAGGGAUCACAGCUGUUGCUGAAGUACAGGAUCCAGAAGCUUGCAUUAAAAAAGUGGACAAACCCCCUUCAGAGUCUUUACCUGAUUUUCAGAGAGACAAAGAAACCAUUCCUCCUGUUCUCCCAACAGUAAAUAAAGAGUUUAUAUCAAGAACUCAUGUAUAUUCCAUAGAUGAAGCUGCUGGAGACUCUAAAAAUGCUGUGCUGCAGGAAAAGGAGCAGGGCGGCUCUGGUUUGCAGUACAAAGCAGAGAGAGUGCACAUUACUGAUGAGUCAUGCAACCCUGUGGGAGCAGUCAAUAAAGCUCUUCUGAAAGUUAUUCGGAGCGACAGUUUAGAUGAAGCUGCAGAAUGGAAGAGACUGCAACAAAUUACAAGAGUAGACAGAAACCUGCCAGGCUCAAUGUAUGAGAAAAGAACCACGGUAUCCCAGGGAAGCAACAAGCAUUUAUUUUUGAACCUGCCUGUAAAUGAAAGUUCUGAUCUUUCUCAGACAAGUAAUAAUCUUAAACUGGAAGACAAAAAGCUGCAUUCACCCUCGUUAGUAUCAGUGAGUAAUGUUUUUAGUAAUUCAUAUCCGGUAUCUAAUACACACAAACAAAUGUCACCUAUUCCUUCUCCGUUAUCUUCGAGACUGCCUAGCCCACAGCUGCAUCAUCGGAUUCUCCCAUUACCAGCACAGAACACCGAGGAUGAAUCUAUGUUCCCUGACUAUGGCCAUGGGAGACAUGGGGCUAUAAACCUCUCUCUUGGUGAUUUGGAGCCACAGUUUUAUCUGAAGUUUUCUGAACCUGGAGAAUCGGGAUUUGCCACCAGACAACGAGGCCUACAUCAGAAUGCAACUGCAGGGCAUUUUGAAAAGCGUGCCGUACAAGAAAAAGUAACUACUCAGACACAGCAGAACUUCUGUCCAGAUUACAGAGACCUCCUAUUUGCUUUGAGUGUUUAGGAUUUUCCAGAGCACAGUCAGAGAUCUCUUCAGGGUUGUGUGUUACGUUGCUGAGAUCAGUGAAGUGAAAACAGGACAGAGAAAACUUGGAGAACUGUG